UCGGAUGGUAGCAUUGCGUGACUUGGCUGGCUAUGCACGUGUUUUGGAGCAGAGAGCAACUCGUCCCAAUACUGCUCGGCGUCCAGAGAGGGAUGUAACUUUUUGUUCUUCUGGUGUAUCAGCUAUUCAGUUUGUACUCAACUCUAGCCAGGUGAUUUUUAUAAGGCGUCGUUUCCUUUAUCCUCUUUCGCUACCGAAAAAAGAAUCAUGGAUUGAAGUUACCCCCCAGAUUCUUGGCUAUCAGCCUUUCGGAAUAGCCACAGCUCCAACACAACAGCCAUCAGGCACGGACCUGGGUAGCUUCCACACAAAUGUGGAAGAGAUCCUUUUGACUCGUCUACUGAACGAAGCUCAGGAUAUUUCCGAUCUCGGAGUGGCUGCACCUCCAAGUCCUCCUCCUUCAAGAGAGUGUGUUACCCCUUCGGAACAUGAUGAUUUCGGACGUAGGUGGCCGUUGCCACCCGACGCUUUGCUGUACGCUGCAGCACUCAAGGCCUCCUCGCUAUCCAAUCCGGUAACUACAGGACCUGGGGAAUGGGCCAGUCGACCCGAAGUUGGAGGCUUUCUCUCCGUGGUGGAUCGUCCGGAUGUCGUCGCUAGUCCCUCUCUUUCCACGCGCUCCGAGAAUCCACCACAGUCAUCCCAUUGGUCUCUCCGCCAUUCAGCCUUGAUGAAAUCGCGUUUACUAGCUUGGCUUAUUGAUCAUGUACCAGACUUUCUCAGUCAUGCAGCAACAUUCCUUCUGGGUGCGGCCACGAUGCUUUUCUUGUUACGGAAACGAAUCGAAUGGCCCAAGGCUUUGGCUCAUCUCCCGCUCGACUGAACCAUCAUUACCAGCCAAUUGUGUGAUGCUUCUUCUGGUCUGACCCAGUCGUUCUGGACUUGACUCACUGCCCACUCCAGUUCGUGUUCCGUCCUCGUAUCAUACAUAUACUUUGUGCACCUUGCCUAUUUUGCCACCAAGGUUGCCAUCAUUUAUGUUACUGUCGCCUUCAGUCGAUUCCUGUUCGCUUCCCGCUGUUGCACGUCGCGCUGCAUGAUGAUUGCUUCCUCUUUCCCAACUACCACCAUUGCUACUUGGUCAAUAUACAACCACCUGUCCUCUGUUUCUGCAUCCCCUGCUCACUCUUCAACUUCAUUCUAACGGAUACGUCUAUCAUUUUUGUUUGUUUGUGUGUGUGUGUGCCUAAUAACCGCCUGGAUGCGGUCAUGGGCAGUCAAAUCAGGCGUUUUCCGACUUUCUCUGAUUUAGAUGACAUUUUCUGGCUUUCUUUCGCGUCAUUUACCAAACUAACUGUCGUCGUAUGUUGUUUUUCUCAUCGUGCCACAUUUUAUUCUUUUUUGUCCACGAUAAUGUGAUUGUUUUUUAAUCAUGUUUUCCCAGGCAUUCAGUACACUCCAGUCAUUUAUCAUACUGAGAGUUCUUUUGAAGCAAGCCG